GAAAAUUUCGUUUUCAGCAUAAUUUCGUUUAAGGGCGUACCCUCGGUAAUAGAAUUACAAAGCUGAAGUUAUUGCAACGUCGCAUCCAUUCCACGUACCCUAGUUUAUGCGUGAAUUUCGAAUAACACGCAUGCUCAAACGCGAUGUUGCCAAACUUAUGACUGUGACUGUGUGAGUCAAUAACAAGUCGAAGCAUUCUCUCAACUGCCUUGCUACGUACCGAGGGUACUUCCUUAAGAGUGUAUUUCCACAAGGACGGAUAUAAUGAAUAUACAAAUUUGGAUUCCAUUUUCACUGGCGAUUUUCCGCGCACCAUACGUAGCUUGGUUUAGUGUCACUCCUCAAGUAAUCAUUUCUCAAGGUGUGCUCACAGGCACCACAUUGGAAACAAGACUUGGGAGGUAUUUUUCAAAAUUCAGCGGAUUACCCUACGGUCAGCCUCCAGUUGGAGACCUAAGGUUUAGCAGCCCAAUACCAGCAAAAGGUUGGGAUGGAGUGCUUUCAGCAGAUAAGGACAAUAUAAUGUGCCCUCAAUUUUCCGGUUCAGAAGUAGUUGGCCAAGAGGAUUGCCUAUAUUUGAAUGUAUACGCACCUCUAAGAGAAUUUUCGUCAACAAUAGCAAGCAAGUCCAAGAGAAGCAGUCUAUUUCCAGUUAUUGUAUUUGUUCCUGGAGGAGCUUAUGCGUUUGGAAGCAAUUCGCCUUCAUCAUUUGGACCUCACUAUCUCCUAGACAAAGAUAUUAUCCUUGUCACUAUCAAUUAUCGGAUAGGAAUUUUUGGAUUUCUUACUACAGGGGAUCUAAUUGCACCAGGAAAUUACGGAUUAAAGGAUCAAGUUCUUGCACUUAAGUGGGUGCAACAGAAUAUUGAAUCUUUUGGUGGAGAUCCAAAAAAGAUCACAUUAAUGGGGAGUUCUUCAGGCGCCGGGGCAGUCAGUCUCCAUUCACUUUCCCAUUCUUCGAUUGGGCUGUUUAAUCAGUACAUUUUUCAAAGUGGGAGCGCACUUUGUCCUUGGAACUAUCGAAGAAAAGAAGAUUUUAAACCAGACAUAAGAAAAAUGGCCAAAAACGUUGAUUGUGUCACAGAAGAUUCUAAAGAUCUUAUUAAAUGUUUGCGAGAAAUUAAUUUUGAGGCUUUGUUGACUGCCACUAAAUCAGUUAAAUCAGCACUCGACGAAUUACCCUGGAGGCCCACCGACGAGCUGGAAUCAGAAGAAGCCUUUUUAACUGAUAGUCCUCUGAAUUUAAUAGCACAAAAUAAAAUGAAAGAUCUUCCUUUCAUUUGUGGAACGGUUAGUAAUGAAGGAAUCUAUUACACGAAAGAAUUAUAUUCAAACCCAUCAUCUACUGCAAUCCACACUUUUUACAAUAACCUUCCAAAUAAAAAUGAAUGCAUUAAAGAUUAUUAUUUUAAGGAAUCCAUUUUGACUAAAAAUGAAGCUACGUUUCUGAAAAAUUUGACAGACUUUUUAGGUGACAGUAAAAUUACGUACCCUAUGAAAGCUUUGAUUGACAAGGCAGCCAACACUACGAAAAGUCCUUUCUAUGUUUACAACUACGGCUAUCAUAGUGAUUCGAAUGAUUUUGAGUUGAGAUAUGGCAUAAAGCAAGAAUGUGGAGUUGCACAUUCAACUGAACUUCUUUCUCUUUUUGAUAAGGAACCAAUGCGUCCUAUUUCUGAGCGGGAUGGAUAUAUGAUAGAUGUAAUGGUAGAUUUGUGGACAUCAUUUGCAAAAAAUGGGAAACCAAAAUCUAACCAUUUAAAGGAUCCUCAUAUGUGGCAGCCUUACACAAAAAAUCAACUUUUUCUUCAGUUUGGCAAUAUCAGCAAUAUGAGGGACCCGUCUGUGACUAUUGAAAGCAACUUCUUUGCGGAUCGUAUGAAUUUCUGGAAAACAAAUUUUCCUAUGCAUUUAUAAAUUCUUAAUGUACUUAUUCAAUAGCC